AUUUUUUCCGCAUGCGCACAGAUUUCUGAUCGAAAAUUGAAAGUUCAAAAGAAAAUAACUUUAUUUAUUCUUUUGAUUGCUAUUUUAAAAGGAAAUGAUGAGUCAUACUUUUGACGGUUAUGGAGAAUCCAGUCCUAUGAUGAUGGGAUCUCCUAAUAGUCCAGCUAGCCCCCACCAAUCACAGUUCCUGCCAGGUUUUCUUCUGGGUGAAACCUCACAACAUGCUGUAUCACCCAGUACACGUUUAUGGUCAGCAGUUACUAGCCCAAGUCCACCUAAGUCAUCACACAGAAGUAGCAACAUAACUUCACCAUUGAGUACCAGUUAUAUCACCUCACCAGGACCCAGAGAAACAAUCAGACCAAAAGAAAGACCUGGGGCGCCACCAACAAAGAGUUUGAUGUCCUAUAGCAGUCCAUCCACAGCUAGUCCAUUUACAGCUUCAUUCCAUCAGACACCUUCACGAGGAUUUCAUACACCUGGGACAAGUGCUUGUGCCCCUCCUAUAUCAGGUCUUUCAUCCAGUAUUAUGGAAAAUAUAAAUGACACGUCACAAUUCCAUUUGGCAGCAAAUACUAAGCUACCUCCAUCUCCUGCUCAGAUGGAUCCAUUCUAUACUCAAGGGGAAAGUUUGACAUCAGAUGAUAUUUUAGAUGAAACCUGGAUUACAGUUUUUGGUUUUCCACCAGCAGCAGCUUCCUUUAUACUUCAACAGUUUUCUCAGUAUGGAAACAUUGUCAAACAUGUGAUAGCUACUGAAGGGAAUUGGAUGCAUUUACAUUAUCAGUCCAAACUACAGGCCAAAAAAGCUCUUAGUAAAAAUGGCAGAAUGUUUGCUGGUAAUAUAAUGGUUGGAGUUACUCCUUGCAUUGAUAAAUCUGUGAUGGAAGAUAAGGAGAAUCCUAGUUUUUCUGGUACACCUGUAUUAGGAUUAAUGGAUACACCUGUAACAUCAAAAGGAACACCUGGGACAUCAAAGGGAACACCUAUCCGACCAUUGACAGCUGCUUAUAAAUCAGCAAGAAGUGAAAAUGAUGUAGUAAGAAACAAUCAAGUUCCUCAAAAGUCUAAUACAUUUGCAGCCAAGGCUAUGGAGUAUAUGUUUGGAUGGUGACAAAGAUAACAUGGUGACAUUAUCACAGGGAUCUGUGCAAUGUGAAAAUUUUACACCAAAAACACCAUGAUCUGCAAACUUUUUAUUGUUGGGCAACAUGUCCUCGUAAGAUUUUAUCAUGCAUAUGUAAUUCAAUCAAAAGUUUGAAGAGUAACUAAAGGGCUUUCAUGUUUUGCUAGAAUAGGACUCACCUUGUGUUUAAGAUGAUCUAAAUUAUGUGUUUAGUUCAAUAAGAUCAAAUGAAACAGCUAUGUAUGUAAUCUUUAAUGGAAGCAUCCUUUGUCACAACUUUAAUGCUGUAUGCUGUUUUUUGCAAUGUGCAUCAUCAAUCAUCUUGGGUGUGUGUGUUUGUGGGGGUAGGAGGGUGAGUAUAUCAACGACUCUUCUGUUGGUUGACCUAUUGUAUGUGCACACAUACUCAUUUAGUUUUGCUUAUAUUGUAAAGAAGCUACAGUCCAUGUUCAAAUUAGGUCAAUUUAUCAUAUUUCUUGAUUCACUCUUGUAGAUUAAUGUCAGACACUGAGCUGUAACUUUAUUUGAACUUGCAAGGGGAUACACCUUAAUGAGAAAGCUAUUUGGUCUCCAUUUAGAGGACAGUUGUCUCAUCGGCAAACAUACCACAUCGCCUUAUUUUUAUAGCAUGCAAAUUAUAAUACUGUGAAAGUAUUUUUAUUCGUGGGUAUCAAUUUUCGUUGUUUCAGCAAAAGCUACAUGUUCGUGGGUUCUUAAAUUCCUGGAUUUUAGUUUUCUGAAGAAAAAAAAUCGAGUAACGAAUUUGAAGACUUCAGAAUCGAAUAUUCGUGAUAUUAAUCAUAUGUUGUUUUAUAAUGAUUUGUAGGGCAUUGUUAAAUAAGGUGUUCAUUUUCACUCACUUGUUCGUCCUUCAUAAAUAACAAGUUCAUAAUAUUUUGAAUUGUAGAAUCAAUUAUUAUGACAUAAAAAAGCAAGCCCAAAAUGAAAUCAGUAUUUUUUUGUUAUGAGAAUUAUGAAAAAAGGAACAUUUCAUUAUCGCAUAUCAUCACCGGAUAUCUGACUUUCAUCGAUAAAAAAAUAUUUCUCAUGAGAAUUAAAAUGUUGACAGUCUUACAUUUUAGAUUUUUUAAAGAUUAAAUGGGUAAAAUCUGGUCUGAAGAAUGUAUAUUUAGUUCAUAGUACGUUGGUUUAUAUGACCGUAUCCAUGUAAUCAAACCUACAUGGGGAUCUUUCCAUGUCUGGAAUUGGACAACAGUUAUUAUAUUCGUUGGACAGUUAAAUUCGUGGAUAAAGCCAUCCACGAAAACCACAAAAAUUGGUACCCCACAAAUAAAAGUACUUUCACAGUACUGUGGAUUCGUUAUUAUUUGUUGGAUACCAAUUUAUGUGGAUUCAUAAGUAUAGGUGUACCACAAAUUUAAAUGUUCAAGGAGCAAAUUUUCUAUAGGUUUGUAUGCAGACUUUGGCAAAACCACGAAUUCAAAUAUCCACGAAAAUACAGGCAUUCCUCAAUCCACGAAAAUUGGUAGCCACGAAAAAAUUUGAACCCACAGUAGGUCAUUUUAAACUUUUUUCAUUUUCCCUGACUAAUAUGUUCACAGUACUGUAUUAAAGAUGUACAAACAAAACAAGAGUAUACAUCAAUGAGCGGUGGCUCAUGGAAAUAAAAUAUCAAAAGCUA